AUGAGCUGUCGCUUUCAGAGUUCCUCCACCAGCUAUGGAGGUGGAUUCGGGGCCGGUUCUUGCCAGCUUGGAGGAGGCCGGAAAAUCUCUACCUGCUCUUCCCGGUUUGUUACCGGAGGGUCAGCUGGAGGCUACGGAGGUGGCAUGAGCUGUGGCUUUGGUGGAGGGGCUGGUAGUGGUUUCGGGGGUGGCUUUGGAGGUAGCUAUGGCGGAUGUUUUGGUGGGGGUUUUGGUGGUGGCUUUGGUGACUUUGGAGGUGGCGAUGGUGGCCUCAUCUCUGGCAAUGAGAAAAUCACCAUGCAGAAUCUCAACGACCGCUUAGCCAACUACCUGGAAAAGGUACGCGCUCUGGAGGCAGCCAAUGCUGAUCUGGAGGUGAAGAUUCGCGACUGGCACAUGAAGCAGAGCCCAGCUAGCCCAGAGCGGGACUACAGUGCCUACUACAAGACCAUAGAGGAACUUCGGAAUAAGAUUCUGGAAGCCACCACAGACAACAACAGGGUCAUCCUGGAGAUCGACAACGCCAGGCUGGCUGCAGAUGACUUCAGGCUCAAGUACGAAAAUGAGCUAACCUUGCGCCAGAGUGUGGAGGCCGACAUCAAUGGCCUGCGCAGGGUGCUGGAUGAACUGACUCUAUCUAAGACUGACCUGGAGAUGCAGAUUGAGAGCCUGAAUGAGGAGCUGGUUUACAUGAAGAAGAAUCAUGAGGAGGAGAUGAAGGAGUUCAGCAACCAGGUAGUAGGCCAGGUCAACGUGGAGAUGGAUGCCACCCCUGGCAUUGAUCUGACCCGUGUGCUGGCUGAGAUGAGGGAGCAGUAUGAAGCCCUGGCCGAGAAGAAUCGGAGGGAUGCUGAGGAAUGGUUCCAGAGACAGAGUGCAGAGUUGAACAAGGAAGUGUCCUCCAGUGCUGCCAUGAUCCAGACCAGCAAGACAGAGAUCACAGAACUCAGGCGCACACUCCAGGGCCUGGAGAUCGAGCUGCAGUCCCAGCUGAGCAUGAAAGCUGGCUUGGAAAGCACCUUGGCUGAGACAGAGUGCCGCUACGCCCUGCAACUGCAGCAGAUCCAGGGACUCAUCAGCAGCAUCGAGACCCAGCUGAGUGACCUCCGCAGUGAGAUGGAGUGUCAGAACCAGGAAUACAAGAUGCUGCUGGACAUCAAAACACGGCUGGAGCAGGAGAUCGCCACCUACCGCAGCCUGCUUGAGGGCCAGGAUGCCAAGAUGACCGGCUUCAGCAACGGAAAUGGCACUGCUUCCUCCUCCAACGCCUCCGUCUCCCCCUCUACUUCCGGUCGCCUGGAUUUCCGCAAGUAUUAA